UCGCCUUGGGACAGCGAGGAGCCCAGGCUUCCCGGAGGCCCAGGGCGAGGGUGGCUCUGGCUCUGCUGCAAGCCCUUCCUCAAUCUCCCUUCCCUCAGCUCGCAGUCAGAGCAGCCAAGGUUUCCACGCUCUCCUCCAGCUGUCCAGACCACCACCUGGCUGUGCAACUGCUCACCUGUGAGGUGUACCGGCUUGGAACGUGGUAGUGGCUUUUUUGAAAAUCCCUGAUUCAGAGGAGGGGGCGUGGCGGGGAAGGGGAGAAGGAUGAGAAACUCCGUUCUUCUGCUCUGCUUCUGGAGCAUCUAUUGUUGCUUUGCGGCGGGAAACUCCACACCCUUUGGUCCCCAGGGACAGCUGGAAGAUGAGCUUCACAAAUCCAAGGAGGUGCAGACUACAGCCAAACCCUCUGUGCAUUUUAUCCUCCGAACCUCUAAGGAUCCAGAGCAUGAAGGAUGCUACCUCUCCAUUGGCCGCAAUGAGCAAUUAGAAGAUUGUAGCUUCAACAUGACAGCUAAAACCUUUUUUGUCAUUCAUGGAUGGACGACUGGUGGCAUGUUUCAUGACUGGCUGUACACACUUGUGUCGGCCCUGCAGACAAGAGAGAAAGAUGCCAACGUAGUGGUGGUGGACUGGAUACCCCUGGCUCACCAGCUGUACACAGAUGCUGUGAAUAACUCUAGGGUAGUGGGGCACAGUGUGGCAAAGAUGCUUGACUGGCUGCAGGAAAAGGAUGGUUUUUCUCUAGAGAAUGUUCACUUGAUUGGCUACAGCCUUGGAGCACAUGUAGCUGGGUAUGCUGGCAACUUUGUGAAAGGAACAGUGGGCAGAAUCACAGGUUUGGAUCCUGCUGGGCCCAUGUUUGAAGGGGUGGACAUCGACAAGAGGCUGUCCCCUGAUGAUGCAGACUUUGUGGACGUCCUGCACACCUAUACACGGUCCUUUGGCUUGAGCAUAGGGAUUCAGAUGCCUGUGGGCCACAUCGACAUCUACCCCAAUGGUGGUGACUUCCAGCCAGGCUGCGAAUUCAGUGACAUCUUGGCAUCGAUUGCAUAUGGAACAUUCCCAGAGGCAUUAAAAUGUGAGCAUGAACGAGCUAUAGACCUCUUUGUUGAUUCCCUGGUGAAUGAGGACAAGCCAAGCUUUGCCUUCCAGUGCACAGACUCCAAACGCUUCAAAAAGGGGAUCUGUCUUAGCUGCAGGAAGAAUCGUUGUAAUAGCAUUGGCUACAACACUAAGAAAAGAAGAAACAAGAGGAACACCAAGAUGUACUUAAAAACCCGGGCAGGCAUGCCUUUCAGAGUAUAUCACUAUCAGAUGAAAAUCCAUGUCUUCAGUUACGAGAACAGAGGGAACAUCGAGCCAACCUUUUACGUCACCCUGUAUGGUACUAAUGCAGACUCCCCGAUUCUGCCCUUGGAAAUAGUGGAGCAGAUCGGGCUGAAUGCCACCAACACCUUCUUGGUCUACACUGAAGAAGACUUGGGUGACCUCUUGAAGAUCAAACUCACGUGGGAGAAGACAUCACAGUCCUGGUACAACCUGUGGAAGGAGCUUCGCAGCUACCUGUCUCAACCCAGCAGCUCUGCUCAGGAACUGCAUAUCCGGCGCAUUCGCAUCAAGUCUGGGGAGACCCAGCAAAAAUUGACUUUUUGUGUGGAAGAUCCUGAGAACAACAGCAUUUCCCCUGGCCAGGAGCUCUGGUUUCACAAGUGCCGAGAUGGCUGGAGAGUGAAAGGUGAAAGCAGUCCCACUGUGAAACUUGCCUGAGGAGCUGGAAAUCCUGGCCAGCAUGCCAGCGUGCACCUUAGCCCUGCUGUCUACACACAUGGAAGAAAGUUACUGCUGAGGACUCACCAGAAGAAGAACCCCUCUCAGCUUGAUCCUGGAGCCUCUGGACCUACAUGUGUCCCCUGAUGAUUGUGGCUUUUCUAUGGACAGAUAACUGUGCACGCUAGACGAGCUAUCUCUGUUGACACCUCUGGAAUUGAGUCUAUAUUUGUGUGCCAGCAGCAAAUAUUUAGGGUUCCCUGUAUGCACCGGUGGGUCUCCUGGUUGCUGAUUGAGUCCAGGCUUUGCCUGACAGGGAAUGUUGGCUGUGAAGCAGCUUUGCUUGGAAGACCACUUAUCCUGACUUGAGCCUCAGUGAAUGGUCUUUCCCUCAGGAGCUGACUCGUAUCAGGAUGGCAGACCUGUUACCUCACUGGCCCAGAAAGGGGCCAUUAGAUUAGGCUGGUGCAAGCCCUGCUAUGGGAGUUUCCAUGGGCUGGUUUGAUCCAUACGGUUACAUCUCUUAAACAUUCCAUCCUGCUCCCCAAACUCACCCUCUGAAGCACACAUAUUGGCUUUCUCUUUUUUCCCUUGUUCAUAUUUUGAUUGAACAAGUAUUUAUUGAGCACUUAAAAUUAGUUAACAUGUGGUAGUAGACACAGUGCUCAGUGUCACCAUUUGAAACCUGAAUAGGGUUCAGGUUCCUAGAAUCCCUUCCAGUAUGUGAAAUGAGUGUGUGUGUGUGUGUGUGUGUGUGUGUGUGUUUUGAAAGACCGGAGGUGUAUAGGGGGUGGGAAACUACAGGCUACAGGAUUUGGGAACCUUAUGGCUUUAAGCAGCUGUUACCUAUUCUCAAUGGUCAUGUGCCAUUUCCUCCAAGAGUGACAUGUUUAAUCACCAGCAGAAUAUCAAGAAGAAUGUCAUACACUGAGGACAUAACAGUAGCUGAUUGUUAGAUAUGACUGCUUUGGAGCAAAAUCUCCUCUGUUUUAGGAGCUAGGAGAUAGUAACAUAUGUUCUACAAACCUACUGAUGCAUAAGCCAGCACCUGUCAACAGAGCUAACUCUAAGAUUUUAGGUGGUGCUCUUUUCUUCCUUGAAAUACCUUAUUUUCAUACCAGUGCCUUUUUUGUGUUGUAUGUCUUGCAAAAGCCUCUGAUUCUAGACCUGGAUUUGAAUUAAUAAACAUGAUACCUAAGAUCCCUUUUUAUACUUUUCAUGUAUGUGACCUAAGUAGAGUGAAGUGACCAGGGCCACUGCCAUUAUCCUUAUUUUACAAGACUGAUAACAAAAUUGAGGCUUAGUGAGAUUCAGCCACAUGCCUGGAAUGAUAUACUAAAUUGGUGGUGCAGCCAGGCCGAGGAGCCAGGUUUCCUGGAGGCAAAGUUCAUGAUACACUCAUCUUUCCAACUUCAUGAAGACAUCUAUAGCCAUUUUCUACCAGUAUGCCCAGAUGUGACAGGGAACAUUUUUCCCCAGAGUCAUAUAUAAAAUCUGAAGCCCUUUUAUUAAUAUACAACCAGGAGAAAACCUGUGCCAAAGGGUUGGGUUUUCUUAUGGGUGAGAUUUAUUUGGGAGGAGGCAUGAUAUCAGUUGAGGACGAGAGAGUGAUUUUCUCUGCAUUUAGGUUUUUAAAAGACAUUGUUUCAAUCUGUGUUGUGCCAAAGUUAUAUCACUAUUUAAUGCCAAACUUCUGAGGACAUAACCAGUCAAGUCUUAAUUCAAAAUAUGCUUUUAAUCUGCUUGUGCGCUUCUGUGAUUGCUUUCUAGCCAAAGUGAAACUUGUAUUACUGGCCAUUCACCCUGGUGCAUAUGACUUCUGGUUUUUUAGUAAUGGAAACUUUGGGAACUGAAUCUUCAGUGGAUUGUGUAUUUAUGCAUGUGGCUUGAAGCCUUAUUUGUAUAUAUGAUCCUUUUUAAAAUUCUACAUAAAGCACUAUUUAUUUCUCAAGUGUGUAUAAUGUAUA